GCAGUCAAUAAAGAGAACCGCCAUUUGCUUUGCUCCUCCGAACGGCAAGUAAUACUAGACGGGUGUACGUGGGCUACCAAUCAUGAAUACGUAGUUCAUCUAUACGCGUGUAUAAUAGUAUAGAGUCUACUCAAGAAAACUUGGGAACAUUACUUUCUAUGAAGAUCUUCUUUCAAAGUUAAGGGCCAGGAAUAGUGAUCGCCAUGGCUUCAUCGAACACUGAUUUGCUAGAUUCUGUUGUUUCUGAAGAAGUUGAAUGCGCCAUAUGUCUCAAUAAGUUGGAUACACCACGUAUAUUAACAUGUCUGCAUAGCUUCUGUGAGAAGUGCUUGGAGAAGUGCAUCCAGAACCAAAAAGAUGACUCGUUCCAGUCAGGUAACAGCACCUUGAAGUGCGCACUCUGCAAUGAAUAUACUGCCCUAAACGAUGCUGGUGUCCGUGGACUGAGACUCGACUUCAGAGCUACGCGUUUAGUGGAAGCUCUUCAGGAAAAGGAGACCCGGGAACUCAAACUUGCCAGUUCAGCCCAUCGCUGCGAGGCUUGCGGACGUACUGAUCCUGGAGAACCUGCCUCGACGGAAAAGUCGCCUUUCACCUACUGCCGAGAAUGCUGCCAGGUCCUCUGCCAGCGCUGCUCUGAGGCUCAUGCUGGUUUACGAAUGAGCCGAACGCACACAGUUGCUAACAUAUCUGACUUGCUCAGCGGGAAAGUAACCAUCCAGAGCAAAGACGACUCAAUGCUAUGUCCAAAACACGACGAAAAACUGAAGUUUUUCUGCGUGGCUUGUCUUGAACCUGUUUGUCAUGACUGUACCCUGAUUGAUCAUAACCGAGAGCAGGGACACCAGCUCCAAUUCCUGAAGGACUUUGUCCCUACCAUCCGUGAAGAGCUAAGCUCACGUCAAGAAGAAGUUUCUAAGAAAUCUGAAGAGUUCUCAGAGUUUCUUAACUUGGCUGACGUACUCGAAACCAAUAUCAUCCACAAAACAAAGGAUACAAGCAAGAACAUACAAAAAGGUUUUGUCGAAUACCAUAGCAGGGUAGAAGAGGCGCGUUUGCAAAUAGAGAAAGUGGCCUGUGAGUAUAUUGGUGAAAAAAUUGAGCAGCUGAAUCAACUGAGGAAGAAAACACAGCAUAUCAAAUCACUGGCGGAGAAGAGCUUGUUAUUGACAAACCAAAUCAUGGAGAAUGAGCAGGAUCUUGUCGGUAUGGCCUCUAUGUACAAAAGUCUUAGAGAGGCCAUGGACAGAGCAAUUGCUGAAAAACCUGAUGAGCAGGAGCUGGAAAAUAUAAGGGAAUAUAUUGAUCACUUGCACUAUCACGUGACACCUCUCGACGCAAAAGUUGGAAAAGUUGCGGUAGGGUGUAACUGCACAGAGCGCAGUACUUCGAGCGUUGCUUGUAAGAGUGGUCCCAAAGAUGUACAGUUUACUCGCGACGGAAGAAUAUCAGCCAUUGUCGAGGCUGAAUGCAUCGUAGGUACACCAGAGACAGUUUAUGUACAGACCGGUAAUGAAACAGUCUACACACGUCCAGCAUUCGACGGCUGGCCCCAAUACACAGCCGUUAAUCGAGGGGUUUAUCAAUCCAAAGAGGUGAAAAAUCUUAAAAUGUUUGCUGCAAUCAAGCAGACAGCCACGAGCCUCCCAAGCUGUACCUCGUUCAAUUGGACCUGCUGGCUUCCAACAUUGCAGUAUGACAGCAUCAGGUGCUUUACUUCUCUUUCAGAUCAUCGCUUCGUCAUUGCAACCACUGAUGCAAUGUUGUACAUCCUUGGGAAUACUCUAGGAGAGAUGUCUCACGGUUUACCCGGUAAACGAAGUAUAUCAGGUAUGGCAACAGAUAACGAAGACAACAUCUACAUCACUGAUAGCGAAAACCACAAGAUAUACAUCCUACGAUCCGACGGCAACCUGAAGGAUACACUGAACGUUGAAGACAUCUCACCGACCUGCGUCGCUGUCCCUCACAUGGGACCUGACGUCAUUGCGGUCACGCACGAACCAGCCACGGUAUCCAUCCUAGACCUCAACGGGAAUGCUCUAUGCUCCAUCCACAACGAGGAAUGGAAGAAGGUGGCCAUCGGAUGUGAUGCUGAUCGGCUGCUCUACAUCCUCUGGUCCGACCAGAAUAACGAGAAGACGCUGCAGAGGUAUACCUUCCAGGGGAUACAGGUAGAUACUCUGUUUGAGAAGGAAUCGCACAGCUGCAACGAUCUUGUUCUAGCAGUGUCACCAACAGGAGCUUGUGCAGCUGCAGUGGUGACCACGACCGGUGUUGACGGGGAAGUGGUGACUGUAGCGCCAAGAGAAAAGCCAUCGUCUGAAAUGGCUUCAUAG